AUGCCGGAAAGCAUCUUCUAUACCUUCACGGCCUAUGCCGCCCUGAUCGGCGUCGGCUAUGUCGUCUAUCAUAUGUCUACCCAAAAGGCUCGGGCUCAGGCCAAGGGUCAAAUCAAGCCGGCCAAAACCGUACAGCCAGAGACACGUAAAGAAGACCGCAAGAAAAAGCAACGCCAGGAGGCUUUCGCAUCAGAGGCCCAGGAGUCCUCCAAGAAGCCUAAGGCCGAGCCAGAAACCAGUGCUUGGUCGAGUAGCGUCAAGGAAAAGGAUGAAAACAUUGACAACCGCGAGUUCGCCCGACAGCUCGCAAAGGCUAAGGAGGGAACCAAACUCGCCGCCAAGGCUGACACCGGCAAGCAGCGAGAGAAGUCUGUGAAGCAGUCUCGCGCCAACAAGGUGGCCGGUGCUACUGAAAAGAAGGAAUCGGCCCAGUCAUCUACCACUGGUGCCGACGCCGACGACGAUCAAUCCCCUGUCACCACUCCUGAUGUCACACCCGCACCCGCACCUGCAGUCGCUGUCGCUGGCGAUGUCUCCGAUAUGCUUGAGGCCGCCCCCGCCCGUCAAACCGUCCUUCGUGUGACCGACACUGAGCCCAAGAAGCAGAACAAGAAGGCCGCCAAGGUCGAGGCUCCUGUUGAGUCCAAGAAGCAGCGUCAAAACCGCAAGAAGGCUGAGGCCGCCAAGGCUGCCCGUGAAGAGAACGAGAAGGAGCGCAAGGCUCUCGAGGAGCAGCAACGCCGUGCCGCUCGUAUUGCCGAGGGACGUGCUGCCAAGGAUGGUUCUCAGUUCACUGCUGCUCAGGCCAAGUCGUCCGCCUGGAAGGAGGGAGCUCCCAAGGCUGCCAAUGAUGCCCCUGCCGCCCAGACCAACGGCUUCCACCAGCCUCUCGAUACUUUCGAGAAGGCUCCUUCCACCUCUGCUGCUGCCCCUAAGGCCGAUAACAAAUGGAUUGAGUCUCUUCCUUCCGAAGAGGAGCAGCUUCAGCAGCUCCAGAACGACGAUGAAUGGAGCACUGUCAAGACAAAGUCCAAGAAGACUGCUAAGAACGCCCCUUCAGCUGGCUCUGGUGAUGAGGUUGCGGCCCGCCCUGCUGCUCAACCUAAGCAGUCUACCGGCCCCAACAAGGCUGUCCAGCCUUCUCAGUCCUAUGGAUCUUACACAGCACUGACCACUAAGGACGACGGUGCUGAUGAGGAAGAGGAAGAGGAAGAGUGGGAUGUCUAAGCAAUAUCAGCCCCAAGAUUGAUGUAUGGUGUGCUUGAGAGGCACACACAUUUCCCUUUACCCUUUUUUGUAACUUGCCUAUUUCUUUUUCAUCAACGGAUUUAAUCGCAAAGAUUUGGAUUCGAAUACGCUGUUUGCUGUCCCAGUACUUGACAGGGCAUGGGCCGUGUGCAAUAGCACAAGCGUUUGUGGUUGGGAGUUCAGGUUUUCUGGUCAGUUUUUGACCAAGCGAGGCACUUCAAUCGAAUGGUAGCUAUCUGCAGAAAAAAACAUGACGGGAUUCACAUUAUGGACAAAAAGCAAGAGAUUUAUGCCAGCCGUGGAAUUUAGGUGAAUGGCAUUCGGUUAAUGCUCAGAUCAUUGAUCGAAAGUCUGUUUUUGGGAGAAAGCCGGGUUGUGUAUUGAUAGUUGGUUUGUU